CCGAUUUUUGUGGUUCCUCCCCUUUUCAGUGAUCAGAAAUGUUGGAAAAUCUGUGAAAAACGACCGAUUUUCGACUCCAUGAUUGGUCAAAUCGUACGAUCGUUUUUCCGAAAAGAAUAUACGCAUGAGCCGUGACCUGGAAGGAACAGAAGUGUCGCCUGUUAUAUGGGGUGAACUUUAUGACUUGGCUGGCCGAUUUUGGAAAUCAUUGAUGGCGCCAUCGGAUUACCGAGCGAACGAUGUUUUCGAUUUUCGGAAAAAAAUCAUUCGGAAUUCGAACCAUGUAUGGCCUGCAUAAAACGAGCUGUCCUGCAAAUGUAACAGUUACAGGGGUUGAGACAACCCACUGACAGGGAUACUUACAAUGAUCAGCGUUUAUUUUUGUAAAACCUUUAUCCGAAAAGAAAAAAAAAAAAAAAAAAACUGC